GAAGGGGGCAGAGGAACGAUGGAGGGCAAUGCCACUGCUGGAUCCUUCACGCCCUCGCAGCAGCUCAGUGUUGCUGAUCUCGUUGUCGUAGUGGUUUAUUUUUCCUUAAAUGUUGCUGUGGGAAUAUGGUCUUCAUGCAGGGUGAACAGGAACACCGUCAGUGGCUAUUUCCUUGCUGGCAGAGACAUGGCAUGGUGGCCAAUCGGCGCCUCUCUCUUCGCCAGCAGCGAAGGCUCCGGGCUCUUCAUCGGGCUGGCUGGGACCGGUGCUGCCGGGGGAAUCGCUGUCACCGGCUUCGAGUGGAACGUGACCUACGCUCUCCUGGCCCUGGCCUGGGUGUUCGUGCCGGUCUACAUCUCAUCUGGGAUUGUCACCAUGCCCGAGUAUCUCCAGCGAAGGUUUGGAGGGGAGAGAAUCCGGAUGUACCUCUCUGUCCUGUCUCUCCUGCUCUCCAUCUUCACCAAAAUCUCCACAGACCUGUACUCGGGGGCCCUCUUUGUCCAAGUCUGCCUGGGCUGGAACCUUUACCUCUCCACCAUCCUGAUGCUGGUGGUCACAGGGCUCUACACCAUCGCAGGGGGGCUGGCUGCUGUCAUCUACACCGACGCGCUGCAGACGCUCAUCAUGGUCCUUGGAGCCAUCGUGCUGGCCGUGAAAGGUAAGAGGUGGGACAGCACAGAUCCCUGUUCCACAGGAACCUUCUCUCCCACUUGGGUGAUCUUGGAAAUAAAUAAAAGGACUCAGUCUGAGCAGUUUGGUGGCCACCAUGCCCAUAGCAAUCACCUACAGAAAAUCUGUGUUCCUCCUGUGUCCCCUCUGCCACUGUGCUUCCCCCACGUGCCAUUCCUCUGGGUGGAGAUGCCAUGA